CAGGUGCAGUGGUAGUACGCCAUCUCUCGCCCACGCUCUUCGGCUCUGGCGGUUCCUUCAUCUGACAACACCGAAUGGCACCGCACACUCGCCGCGAAUCGGGAAAACAGUUCUAAGAAUGCACUCUCUCAACACACGGACCAUAAACAAUUCUGAACACCCAACGCACACUUUGCAACAGCAGCAACACGCCGAACAAACUGUCACAUCUCAACGGUGGGAGAGCAUGAGUCGGCAGUGAGGAGUUCUGAUGCCCGUGCAGCCCGGCGACCCGAGCCCGAAUUCUCCUGAGCCAGCCAUGAGCAAGCUGUCUGCCCUCUUCUACACGGUGGAGGUGGGAGACACCAAGUUCACCAUCCUCAAGCGUUACCAGAACCUCAAGCCCAUCGGAUCUGGGGCACAAGGUAUCGUAUGCGCCGCAUACGACACUGUGACCCGACAGAAUGUGGCUAUCAAAAAACUGAGCCGACCUUUCCAGAAUGUCACGCAUGCGAAAAGAGCCUACAGGGAAUUCAAGCUCAUGAAACUCGUCAAUCAUAAAAAUAUAAUUGGUCUUUUAAAUGCAUUCACCCCUCAGAAAACACUAGAAGACUUUCAAGAUGUCUACUUGGUGAUGGAGCUGAUGGACGCCAAUCUGUGCCAGGUGAUCCAGAUGGAUCUGGACCACGAAAGAAUGUCCUACUUACUCUACCAGAUGCUGUGUGGGAUCAAGCAUUUGCAUUCUGCAGGAAUCAUUCACAGGGAUCUGAAGCCAAGCAAUAUUGUUGUCAAGUCUGAUUGCACUCUUAAAAUUCUGGAUUUCGGCUUGGCGAGGACGGCUGGAACGACUUUUAUGAUGACCCCUUACGUGGUCACCAGAUACUACAGAGCACCAGAGGUUAUCCUUGGAAUGGGAUACAAAGAUAAUGUGGAUAUCUGGUCUGUUGGCUGUAUCAUGGGUGAAAUGAUUCGAGGUGGAGUUCUGUUCCCUGGUACCGAUCACAUCGACCAGUGGAAUAAGAUAAUCGAGCAGCUUGGCACGCCGUCCCAGGAGUUCAUGAAACGACUGCAACCAACCGUGCGCAACUACGUGGAGAAUCGACCCAAAUAUACGGGGUACGUCUUCGAGAAGCUCUUCCCGGAUGUCCUCUUCCCAGCUGACAGCUCCGAGCACAGCAGGCUGAAAGCGAGCCAAGCGCGCGACUUGCUGUGCAAGAUGCUGGUGAUAGACCCGGAGAAGAGGAUCUCCGUCGAGAACGCCCUACUCCAUCCAUAUAUCAACGUGUGGUACGACGAGGCAGAAGUCAAUGCCGUAAGUACAGCACCUGCUCCGGCUCCGUACGACCACUCGGUAGACGAGAGAGAGCACACAGUACAGCAAUGGAAAGAACUAAUCUACCAAGAGGUCCUAGAGUACGAGCAGACUCAUAAUACCUUGGGGAUUCGGCCUGUAGGAUCGCAUUUGAAUUCACAAGCGGAUGGUGUUAUUGAAAUCGACGGUGAAGUCGACGGUAUGGUCGAUCAGUCCACGAAUGGCCCCAGCAAUCCAUUCAACAGAAGAAGAUAAGCUCUUCCUCCAAAACACGCGAGGCCGUACGGGCUCUAUUUUUCACUAUUCAGAGAAAAGAAAUCUCAUUCAAAAGGAACUGGACUAUUCAAUUCACAGCUCCCAAAAGAGAGACAAGCUCCCCAGAAAGAGAUAUCAUCAAUUUCAAAUCUUUUUCUUUCCAUUUUUCUUUAAAGAAAAAAAACAAGAUGACAGAAAUCGAAAAGGGAUUUCUUUAGAAAUCGUAACUUGGUGCCAGAAUUCCAGUGUUCAUUUAUUAGAAUAUGAAAGAACUCGUCUCAAAUUCUUUAUGUUCAAUUCUUAAUUUAAAUGUAAUGCCUGUUUACUAUUGCACUACAUCGUUAGUCAUUCGAAUUCAUAACUUUAAUUGUUCCGAUAGCGAAUCAUUAGUAAUUAAUUUGAGCAAAAAUUAGAGUGUAAUUAGUUCCAUGAUCGUCCAAGAAAAUAAUUGUGAUUUUGUUUCCGAUAUCUAAUUUUUACUUGUAAAUUUCAUGAGUAGACAAUGUGUUCGAAGCUAGGUGAAAAUUGUGUAGCAAACGAAUGAAGUAAAGCAGCCAUUUUGUAUUCUAAUUUGACAUAAUGAAAAGAUGCUAUUUUUGUGUUCCGCUAUUUUUCUGUAAGUUCCAAAGAAACGGUAAUUGUCCCCUUGUGUUCGUAUGACACAAGUAUAUGCUGUUUUAAAAAAUAAGAAUUUUAAAGUACCCAUUUCAGUUACCCUUUUUCAAACGGUAUAAUUAGUAAAUAAAAUUCUAAAAAAAUGUUACAAUGUUAAUUUAUUUUAAAACGGUUUUUCUUUAAUUCGCCGUCACAUUGCUAAACUUUCAACAUUCAGAAAUUUGUAAUUGAAUCUUUAUAAAUAUUAUCGUUGUAAUUUAAAAGGUCUUCAUUUCUUGUUUUCAGAAAAGUAUUCAAAUUUCAAGUAAAGUUUAAUCUAUCUACAUUUUAUAACUUUUCAGCAAAUAAAGAUCUAACCUUAUAGGUCAAUAUUGGAAUUUUCAUCAAAAUAUCAAAUUCAAUAAUGGUUAUAAAAAUUUCUUUGCCAUAAUUUCACUUUUUAGAAUAAGUAAAGCUUAAAAACAUUUUUAGAAUAAUUACAAUUAAUCUAAUUAAUACAAGGCAAUGAAAUAUAAAUUAGUGAAUUUUCAAUAAACCUGUCAAGUUUAAUAAAAAUCUGGGUUUCUUUUAAUUACUAAAGAAGCGAUUUUCAACACCUACUAUAAAAUGGAUAUUCUGUUUACAAAACUGAAUCAUUAAAUUAGGGAAGAAAUUAUAUUUAAAUUGAUGUACUAAAAAUUAAUGGCAAUUGAUAAUUCUAUGUAUUUUUUUUUCUGGAAAAUGGAAAAAAUAAUUUUUAAUCAAAAGUUUUAUAAAUAAGAUUGAAUUUUCAACAUGUUGAAAAAUUUAUUCUUGUAAAUCCUUUUAUAAAAAAUUAUCAAAUUAAAAUUUUAGCAACAAAAGUUCUAUUGAAAAUUAACUUGGUUUAAUUCAUUUUUAAUAUCUUAAUAUGUAGUUUGCAAUAUAUUAAAUUAAAAGAAAAUAAGCGUUCAUCUUUAACUUCGUUAUUUGCAAAAUAGAUAAAUGUUUAAAAAAAAAUAGCUAAUUAUUGAGUUCACACAAUUAAGUUCAAUUAUUUCUCUAAAUAUGCAAAAGAAUGGGUUAAGUUUGAAUCGCAAAAUCCUGAUCAAAAUAAAACGAACGAAAUUAUUUCCUACUUAUGUUCGUAGCCAUUGUCAACAAACGAUAAUUUUGUUUUGCUUCCGAAUUAGAAACAGCAACUAACGGAACAAUUUCCUCAAAUCCCUAUUUUUAUAUACUAACGUAUAGCGGAAAAAGAAAAAAAUCGAUUUUCAUCGAUAAAACAAAUGAAUGGUACUAGCACAUUUUAUCGAUAUGAAAUCCUCAAAGAAAAAUUAGUGAAACUGAGAAGUAUUCUGAUUUUUUAGUUGAUUCUAUUACGCUCAAUAUUAUUAUAACAGUAGUGCAUUACAUGGUCUUUAUGUGUAGGCUAGAAACAAUCAUUUGAUGUUUUUAAGAUUAAAAGAUAUAUUUAAAAUUUGAAUGAUGAUGUCGUUAACUGUAAAAGCGCACUUUAUAUUUGUUUUCACAGUUAGUUUAAUGUUUAGUUGUUUGUCAUUGUAAAUUCUUUAGUUCAUUGGUUAGUUAUACGCAAAAUGUAUAUCAUUCGUUCACAAGAUUGUUAUGAAAGUUUAAUUAAAUUAUGCAUACAGCAAAUGCAGCAACUUCAACAAAUCAAAUUUGUAAGUAUGAUUCAUACAAAUAUUUUUAAUUUAAAUUUUUUGCUCAUGAUAUCUAACAUCUCUUAUUAUUUCUUUUGAAGAAACUAAGUGAUUUCUGUGGUAGAAUGUAUUCAUUAUUUACUUGGAAUGAGAGUAAAACAUUGUUUUCACAAACAUAUAAUAUUAAAGUACAUAUAUAAAAGUAUAAUCCUAAAUAAUCCCCAAUUUAUUCUGUGCUUGCACUGUCCUAACUGCUAAAAAUUUUUAUCAAAAAUGCAGUUAAAAAAUUUUAUUAAAUCAAGAAUAAAGAAAUUUGUAAUUAAAAUUUUGAAAUGAAGAAAAUAGUCGAUGAAAACCACUUUAUUAUGUUUUUUGUUAUGUCAUAAAAAUAAUUGUUUUGAUUUUCAUGUGAAUUACAGGUUUUCAACCUUUUAAACUUCAUAGACUUAUCAUAAUCUGUUAUAAACAAAAUACAAAUAUCGGAAAAAAAAAAUUAUAUAGAAAGACCUCUUUUCUAUAAUUUGAAUAAAAAGUUCUAAAUUUAGAUAAGUCUUUCUAAUAUCCAAAACUGAAUAACAGGCUUUCAAUCUUAAUACUGAAAAAAUUUAAAGAUUUUAAAAACAAGGUGAGUAUCUUUAAAAUAUUUUUUAAUAUUUGUUUUAAACUAAUUCUUUUUCCUUUCAAACAGAUCUUGAAAAUAGCCAAAACAAAUGUGUUAAUCUUUAAAGAAAAGAAAUAUAAUGAAGUAAAAUUAAUAAAAGGUUUGUUUAAAAAAAAAGGUGUAUUUCACAAAUUGUGGUUCCUUUCCACACAUUUUAUUAUUAAGGAAUUGUGGUGAAUUAUAUCAAUGAAAUCAUUUACCAAAUAUUCAGGUUAAUAACUGAAUUCUUACAAAAUUUAUUCUAUUACUUAAUUGAAGCAAUUGCAUUGCUUAACCUGAACCCUUGAAAACAAUCUCUUUUUUGACUAAAGAAUAUUAUUAAAUUCAAAAUGUUUGAGUAAAGAAAUUUAUAAUUGGAUGAGAAACCUAUCAAACAUUAACAAAUUAGAAAGUAUCUUUAUUGUAAAAGACAAAUUAAGAAUUUUUUUAAAAAUUAUUUCAGCUGAGUUGAACACAUUUAAAGAUAAAAAGAAUAAGCAACUCUUUUAAUGAAUAUAAUCAUCAUGAUAAUUUAUUUGAAGAAAAAUUAAAGUAAUGCAAUUAAUAAAAUAAUCAAAAUACAGAUAGAGAAAAAGUAUUGAUUUACUUUGAAUGUCAUUAUCUUUGUCAACGGAAUUCGAUUUUCAGAAUGAUAAUUUUGAACAUUAAUAAAUAAUCAUUUCAAAAUGUUAAGUUUGAUUAAUGUCAUCCCGUAUCAUUUUCCUUUCCUUUUAUUGACCAAUAAACAAGCUCAAGUACAAUAAUUGUGUGUUCAAUUUCAAUAAACUUUUAAUACUUGUUUAAAACACACGGGAAAAAAAUGUUUGUUGUUUUUCCAACACUGAACAUGAAAUAAUUGCAUAUGUAUCGUGAGCUUCAGCAAUUGCAUAAGGAAACUUUCUUAGCUGUUAUAUUUGUCAAAUAUUGUGUUGCUGUAUUUUGUAGUGCUUAACUAAAGAAAUAAUUUAGGCAUAAAAAAAUUUGCAGGCAGGUUUCAAUGUUAUAAAAAUUUCAAUUAGUCAUUUGAAGUUGCCAGUUUGCAUGUAGUCAAAUGUUAUGUGAUCAAAUUUUGUAUAUAAUUUGUGUAAAUACAACUGAAUUUUUGUUGUACAUAUGUAUUAUUACUCUUUAUACAUUUGCUGGUUUCACGCAGCGGCUAGCCAGUAGCUCUGAUUCUUUUGCUAUGGUGCUGAGUUGGAUUUCGAAUUAUUUCUGUUGUCGAGAGAUUGUUUCUUCUGGAUUAGUAGCACAAAGUAGCUUUUAAAUGUUUGUCGACUUUGAAUAAAGUUUCUGUUCAGUC